GUCCAAUCGAGUUAAAGAUGAGUCCCAAGUCACUGUCAUUCGUUUGCGUCUCUACUAUUAUUUUAGUUGUUUCUGAAAGUCAAAAUACUUUAAAUGAUGUUUUAUUUAGUGGUAAUUACGAGUUCAUAGAUUUGACUCAUCCUUACGAUAAUUCCACGAUAUAUUGGCCGGGCACUCAAAAAUUUGUGUUCACGAAGAAAAUUGCAGGUUAUCGUCGUGAUGGUACAUGGUACGCAGCGAACGAUUUCGCCUCUGGAGAACAUGGAGGUACACAUAUCGAUGCUCCAUAUCAUUUUACGAAAUCAGGUCAAAGCGUUGGAGAUCUGCCUGUGGAGACACUUAUAGCAUCUUUGAUCGUUGUGGAUGUCAGCUCCAUGGUAAAUGACGAUGAGAACUUCGUAUUGUAUAAGUACCAUUUGAAAUACCUGUUGAACUACAACUGUGACAAGACUUGUUUAAUCAUAUUCAAAUUCGGAUGGAGCAAGUAUUUCAAUGAUAGGAACAAAUAUUUGGGCAUAGAAGAGAAUACCGAUACUCUUAAAUUUCCAGGUCUGAGUAAUGAGAUUGCAGAAUGGAUAACCACCUCGUACAAAACCGUGGUCGGAAUCGGAGUGGAUGUUGCGUCUGUAGAUCCUGGGUCAUCUGAUGAAUUCCGUGUGCAUAAAACUUUAUCCCAGAAAGGAAUUUAUAAUAUAGAGAACGUUAACUUGAAUCUGAAUAGAACUAUACCAGAAUUCGGAUGCACGGCAUUAGUGAUGCCGAUGUUGAUUUCUCAAGGCACAGGAGCACCAGUACGUUUGAUCGCAAUUUGUCCUAAAGUAGUUCCAGCUCUUUAUAAUGUGUAGUCAUAAACUGAAUGUGAGCGAAAAUUGUAUGCUCGAAGCAAUUUUGUGACUAAUUUUAGGCAUAGAUAUCUAAUCGAAAGUUAAACAUUACGUACCUACUUCUCGUAUUGUAAAGGAAAUGAAUGUAAAUUAAAUGAGUGUAAGUAGGUACUAUGAUACUAAAAUUUUGAAUCGCUUUCGUUAUCCAUUUACACAAAAUACCUACCUAAUGUAUGGUUUUAAGAAAUCUAAAAAAUAAUUAUUCACGUGUCGACGGUAUAGAGCUACGACGAAACACUUACAAGUAAUGGAGUUCUUGUAAAUUGCUCCAUUAAAAAAUACACGACACUACUCUUUAAC